AUGGAAGCAUUCCGGGCAUUGUCGCUUUUCCAGCCAUCAAACUUUGUCGCCGCCAUUCAGUCUACUCGCGACAGUGACUCGAGUGGACAGAAACGGUUGUUUGGCGCCAUGCUGUCUAUUCCACACAUGGAAGCGGCGCGGUCUGCGUCUGUGCUAGGGUUCGAGUUUAUUCUUAUUGAUGCGCAACACACAGCCAUCGAUGCCGAGAAUCUGGUGGGACUCAUUCGAACAAUCAACUUUACAAGCGAGGGCAAGACGUGUACGCUGGUGCGCGUUCCAGGCGCUGAAUCCCAUUUGCUCGCCUACGCUUUGGACGCUGGGGCAUCUGGCAUUGUCUUUCCGCACAUAAAUUCACGAAAGGAUGCCAUGGCGGCGGUAAACAAGGUCAGAUAUGCUUACAAGGGUGGUGAAAGAUCACUGGCACCAUGGGCUCUUGUGCCGUUCCUUACAGAUCAAGCACCGGAUGGACACACGGCCGAGACAAUCUCGGAUGAGCAUGUCGCCGUCAUAUGCCAGAUUGAAACUACCCUUGGGCUAGAAAAUGUCGACGAGAUUGCAGCUACACCAGGCAUCAAUGCCCUGAUGCUCGGCCCGGGUGAUAUGCGAGUCUCACUGCGCCUACCGGUCAGAGGCCCAGGAAGGAAAGAAGACGAUGCCGUAUUCUGCGAGGCCAGAGACAGACUGGUCAAGGCGGCCAAAGCUCAUCAAAUGGCGCUCAUGACUAUAGCUUUCAGGGCCACCCCGGGCAUUGAGGAGUGGUUAAAGGACUUUGAUCUCAUCGUUACAAGUUCCGAUAUCAAUAGCAUCGUCAGGUUUCAUCUAGAUGGCCGAGCGGCGAUAAGAUGCGCUUUGCGUGCAAGUAGUAUAGCCUAA